AUGUUUGGUCUGCAUAAGUAUAAGUAUGCCGGUGUGUCUGCAGCACUUGUUUCGAUUGUUUGCAUGGGGUUUCUGUGUGCUCGCAGAAGCACAAAAGAGGAAAAUAGAGCAGAUGGUGAAUGGGAGGAUGGAGGGUUUAUUGUAGAGAGUGCAGAGAGAGUGAACAGCGUAGAAGUGGAGUCUCAUUCCAGGAGCGUAGAUGAGUACGCUCUCUUCAGCAGAACUAUAGACACAUUCGCACUGCGUAACACAGGUGAUGGAGUGAUCAAGGGAGUGUACGUGCCAAAGCACGAGGCGUCUUUCAUUCUGUACUACGACGAGCUGGGGAGCAUUCACAAAAAGAUGCAGCACGCGGGCGUGCAUGUGCUGGGAUUUAGGUACCCUCUGAAACCAAAUGAGCGCAUUGCAUUUACAGUGGAAACCAUUCUAGCACACAGCUGGCUUAGAUCUCCGCGUGGAAAAGAGAAGACGCGCAUGUGCCUGAAGAAUAAAGGCGUGUGCUCCUUUGCAGGUGAGCACGCGAUCAGCCCACUGGUGGAAAAGACCUACUUUUACGUGUGGGCUAUUGGAGGAUCAAAGAGUUUUUAG